CUCCAAGCAAAAACACCAACAAAAACAUCUCAUCUACAAUCUUUGGAACUAUCGACGAAAACCAUGCCUCCUAAGAAAGCCGAGCCCGUUAUCGACAAUGUCGUCGCCUUUGGCAGAGUUCGCAAGAAUUUGAAGAUGGGAUGCGUCGGUCUUCCUAACGUUGGAAAGUCGAGCUUGUUCAACCUCUUGACGGAGCAGAGCGCUGCGGCGGAGAAUUAUCCGUUUUGUACUAUUGAGCCUAAUGAGGCGAGAUGUGCUGUUCCUGAUGCGCGAUAUGACUUUCUUUGUGACCUCUGGAAGCCUCCUUCUAUGUACCCUGCUUAUCUUCAGGUCACCGACAUUGCUGGUCUGAUCAAGGGUGCUUCUCAGGGAGAAGGUCUUGGAAAUGCCUUCUUGUCACACAUUCAAGCUGUUGACGGCAUGUUCCAUAUUGUCAGAGCUUUCGAUAACGAUCAGGUCUUGCACGUCGAUGACUCGAUUGACCCUGUUCGAGACUUGGACACCAUUCAAAGCGAGCUCUGCAAAAAAGAUCUCGACAUUCUCGCGAAGCAAAUCGUCGCCGAGGAGCUGAUCGUCAAGAAAGCUGGUGGCAAGUACAAGAUGCUGCCUCUUUUCACUGAGACAACAACGAAGAUCAAAGAAAUGCUGGAAAAGGACCAACCAGUUCGAGAUGGAAGCUGGACACCUGCUGAGAUCGCCCUCAUCAACGAGAAGAUCCAACUCAUCACCACCAAGCCAGUCAUUUAUCUCGUCAACUUGACAAUGAAGGACUACCUUCGACAGAAGUGCAAGUACCUUCCUGGUAUUGCCAAGUGGGUUACUGAGCAUGGUGGUACUCCCCGUGAUAUCAUUCCCUUUUCGAUUGAGUUCGAAGAGAAGCUGCACAGCUUGAAGGAUGACCCUGACGCUCAGGCUGAGUUCCUCAAGGACAUCAAGGUCAAGUCAAAGUUGGAUAAAAUUAUCACCGAAGGCUUCACAAAGCUCGGAUUACAAUACUACUUCACAGCUGGUGAGAAGGAGAUCCGAUGCUGGACUAUUCCCAGGGGCUGCUUGGCACCGCAAGCCGCUGGCGCUAUCCACAGUGACUUCGAGAGAGGCUUUAUCAAGGCUGAGGUUGUCGCCUAUCAAGACUUCCAUGAUCUUUGCGAAGGACAAAAGUCUAUGGGUCCCAUCAAAGCCGCUGGCAAGUACCGUCAAGAAGGAAAAUCAUAUGUUGUUCAAGAUGGAGAUAUCAUCCACUUCCAAUUCAACGUUUCGAAUAAGAAAUAAGUCUAUUAUAACUGCGGAAAAGAUUCAUGAAGUUACAAGUUAAAAAGAAUUCAGGUUUCUAUAAUAACUUAUAGACUAGACACUCAAAGAAUACACAGAGUGCGUUUAAUUUCCGA